CACCAUGUUGGCUAGGCGGGUCAAAUUAAAUAUUUUUGAGGCUUAAAAAAAAGCUAGUAUCUUGUGCAGAAAGAUAACAAAUAAGAGAAUUAAAGAUUUGGGAACACAUCUCUCUUAUCAGCACCAGGAAUAUCCAAAAAAGGUUAUGUAUGUUUCUCCUCUGUAAAAAAUCCUUUAGGAAAGCAUAUUUCAUGAAUUUAUUUCAAAGAGUAAUCUAUACCUAAAUAAACUAUUGAGUGUCUGUUACUCUAGGCAUUUUACAUACGAAUAAGACAUGUGCUUUUUUUUUUUUUUUUUUUUUUUUUUUUUUUUUUUUUUUUUUUUUUUUUUUCCGGAGGGGUGCACGGUUCCUGGAAGUACUGCAAUACCAGGUCGAUGUGAGGAGUGGAUGGAGCAGGCUCCUAUUCCAUCUCCCUACUCCAAAAAUCCAUUUAAUAUAUUGUUCUCGGAUAGAGGACAUAUCAGGUAUUAACAGAUACUUCACUUGAUCUUAGCCAAAAGGCCGGGAAGUGAUUGGAGAGACAGGUGCUUCUUUAAAUUCCCACCACUAAAUCUAUAAAUCUAAGUGCAUUUGUAGCUGCUUUCUCUUAUUUCUUUUCUACCAUAACAUUGAACUAUAUGAAAUAUUUACUUUUAUAUUUCAAAAAUGGUUGAACAUGCCAGUUUCAUAUGGCUCAAUGUAAUACAAUGGGGGAAGUGUUUCUUGUAUCAAAAAUCAUCUCUUCACAAGAGGUCCAGUUCACAUCUCUACAUAAUGUUAUGUCCCUCACUCUUUCACUCCUUCACUUUGGGUUUGUAUCUUCUGUUUCUCUAUCCCUAGCAGGCUUGGUCAGUAGAAGUACUCAAAUAUUUGAAUGUUUGAAUGAAUGUCUCAUUUAAUCUUCACACAAAAAUUUUCUCAAUAUUAGUCACAUUUUUCAAAUGAAGAAGUAAUAGUUUAGGUAUUCCAGGUAGGGUAUUUUUGUUGGCUAACAAACAAAACAGAAGUUUUAUUAAGAAAAGAUAUGAAGUAGCUAACAAAAUUGAAAGACAAGCUGAGGAAGCAUACUUCAGAAAAGAUAAAACUAAAGCUGGAACUAAUUACCAAAAUUUUCUUUAAGGAACCACUGGGAUUUUGUAUCAAGUUAACUAUUUUCCCAUAUUUUCCAAACUUUAUGCAAGAGUUGUAUUUCUGUCCAGGUAGGGUCAUAUGACCCCUUGGACCAAAAGAAGGAAGGACACUUUGGUUAACAGUCCCAUUUGCAUGAGUAAAAGUGGAGUCAUUGUUUCCCAAAGGGAAAUGAGGGACUGUUACAAAAGAAGGAAUAAUGGAAGUUGGAUAGGCAAAAGUGACAAUGUGACUCUUGGCUACUCAACAAUAUCAUUCUUCCUCUUACACAUGCAGUUUAAAAAUGUUCUGAUCAACACAGUGAAAUUAUUCCAUAUGAAACCAAAACAUGCUCAUACCCUCUCACAGAGGAGGGUUAAUGCCAUGAUCUAGUUAAUGCAUUCAGCUCUAACUCUAGGAUAUUUGGGUGAUACCUACUCCUCUUUUUGUUCUGUCAGCCUAUAAAAGAAAUAAAAAGGAAUAUACUCUACUCAAUAUACUCUACCUACCACAGUGGCAAAAGAAAGGAAAGCUUUAAAAAGAAAAAGCUAAGAGAAGAGGUUAAUUUAUUAUUAUGUUUUUUAAUUUUAAUUUUUUUUUUUUGAGACAGAGUCUUGCUCUGUUGCCCAGGCUGGAGUGCAGUGGUACACUGUGGUUCACUGCAACCUCACCCUCCCAGGUUCAAGUAAUUCUCCUGCCUCAGCCUCCUGAGUAGCUGGGACUACAGGCCCACACCACUACACCCAGCUAAUUUUUAUAUUUUUAGUAGAUACGGGGUUUCACCAUGUUGGCCAGGUUGGUCCGCAACUCCUGAUCUCAGGUGAUCCACCCACCUUGGCCUCCCAAAGUGCUGGGAUUACAGGCAUGAGCCACCAUGCCCAGCCAAAAAGAGGUUAAUUUUAAACACAUGAUUCAGCAAGCAAGGAAUACAGGUGGAGGUAACAGUCCGCCUUUAUGCAGUUGGGCAGUUGGCUGCUGUAGCUGGUAUUUCUAACUUCUCUUGUUUACUUCUUAUUCCAUUCCUUUAUGCACUAAAUAUUUAUUGAAUGAUUAGUUUGUGUCAGGUACUAUGGAUAUAGUAGUGAAUAAGACAAAACUGUUCUGAUGAGACAAACAAUAAACAAGUAAACAAUAAAAUAUAAUUUCAGAUGCUUAUAAGGUAAGUUCUAUGGAGAAAAGUAAAGUAGGAGAGAAUGAAUAUUGGGGAAUUGGAGGGUGGGAGAGGUAGGUAGCCCUACAUUAAAGAAAGCAUUUGGGAAAACAAGGUAUUUAUGCUAAUGUAACAUUUGAGCAAAGUCCUACCUAAUGUGAAAGAGCCAUGAGAAGGUUUGGGGAAAGAACAUUCCAGGGAAAAGAUGUAGAAUACCAAGUAAAUGGUCUUGAGAUAGAAAUAAACUUGGUGUGUUGAAUAGGCCGAAAGCUGGUAUAGCUGGAGGAAAGUGAAUGAGAGGGAGAGUUGGAAAUAUAGGUAGUCACCAGAUUUAAAAAACAGUAGGAUCGUAUUGACCAUGUAAGGAUGCUGGAUUUUAUUUUAAGCAGGAUAAGAAACUACUGAAGGGAUUUUUGUGCAAAAAAGACUGUAAGGGUAGAAGACAAGAAAUAGAGGAACCAUUUAGGAGACUGUUGCGUUAGUUCAUAUAAAAACAAUACAGAUUUGCAAUAGAAUGCUAGGGCUGAAAAAUGUAGAAAAUGAUCAAAUUAGGGUUGUACACAAAAGGUAACACCAGCAAGCUUUUCUGGUGAAUUGAGUGUGAAGUAUGAUGAUAGAAAUGAAAUCAAGGAUGAUGCCUAAGUUUUGAGUGCACAUAUACAAGCGCAAAUAUACAUAUAUGUAAAAUCAUGACCAAAUAGAUUUUAUUCCAAGAAUGCAAGGAUGAUUCUUGCACUGAUGUUGAUCAUCAACAAAAUUCAAUAUGUGCUCUUGAUUUUUAAUAAGAAUGAUGUAUAUUUCUUAACAUGAUGAUUUCAGUCCUAACAUCAGCAUAGCUAACAUGUCUUGCAUAUGGGGAAACACUAGAGGAAUUCUCACUUAGGUCAGGAACCAAGGCAAGGAUACCCACUAUCUCCAUUAACUGUUGGAUAUACUACCCAGCACAGUCAAAUAAGAAAAAAACAACUAUCCAGUGUGAUGGCUCUGAUUUAAAAAAAAAAAAAAAGAAGAAAAAAAAAUAACUAGAGCCAUAAAAUUUUAUUUUACUUUUUUUUUGUAUAAAUUUAAGGGGUACAAGUGCAGUUUUGUUACAUCGAUAUAUUGCCUAGUGGUGAAGCCUGGGCUUUUAAUGGAACCAUCACCCGAAGAGUGUGCAUUGUACCCCUUAUAAAAUAUCUCAUCCCUUACUCCGCUCCCACCCUUCUUUUUUUUGGAGACAGUCUCACCUUUGUUGCCCAAGCUGGAGUGCUGUGGUGUGAUCUUGACUCACUGCAAUCUCCACCUCCUGGGUUCAAGUGAUUCUCCUGCCUCAGGUCUCCCAAGUAGCUGGGACUACAGGUGUGUGCCACCAUGUCUGGCUAAUUUUUAUAUUUAUAGUAGAGAUGGGUUUCACCAUGUUGGCCAGGUUGGUCUUGAACUCCUGAUCUCAAGUGAUCUGCCCACCUUGGCCUCUCAAAAGUGCUAGGAUGAUAUGCAUGAGCCACCAUGCCUGGCCCACCCCACCCUUCUGAGUCUCCAGUGACUACUACUCCACAUUCUAUGCCCAUGUGUACACAUUAUUUACCUCCUACUAAUAAGUGACAAUGGAGAGGCAUACAGAUUUUAAAGGAAUAGGUAUAACUGUUUCCAUUUAUAAAUGAAAAAAGUUGUCUGGGCAUGGUGGCUUCUGCCUGUAAUCCUGGCACGUUGGGAGGCUGAGGCAAGUGGCUCAGUUGAGGCCAGGAGUUCGAGACUAGCCUGGUCAACAUGGCAAAACCCUGUCUCCACUAAAAAUACAAAAAACUAGCUGGGCAUGGUGGCGUGUGCCUGUAAUCCCAGCUACUGGUUGGGAAGCAGGCAGAGGCAUGAGAAUUGCUUCAACCCAGGAGGUAGAGGUUGCAGUGAACUAAGAUCACGCCACUGCACUCUAGCCUGGGUGACAGUGAGACUCUGUCUCAAAAAUAAAAAAAAAUAGAUAACAUGAAAAAAGUUAUAUGUAAAAAGUGCAAAAGAAUAAAACAUAUAUUAAUAUAGCAAGCCAUAAACUUGAUAUACAAAGAAUCAAUAUCCUCAUAAAUGUAAAUAAUAACCAUUUAGAAGUUAUAACAGAAAGGAAACUACCAUUUACAUUAGCAAUGAAGCCAGGCAUGGUGGUGCAUGCCUGUAGUCCCAGCUACUUGGGAGACUUAGCUGGAAGUAUCGCUUGAGCCCAGGAGGUCGAGACAAACCUAGGCAACAUAGCGAUACUACUGACUCAAAAAAAAAAAAAAAAAAAAGCAAACAAAAUAAAACAAAAAAUAUAUUAGCGAUAAAACAGAUAAGAUACAUAGGAAUAAGUACAUCAAGAAGUAUGCAAAACCUAAAGGAGGAAAGCUUUAAAACAUUCUUGAAAGACACAAAAGUAGAUUUGAACAAAUGGAAAGAUAUCCUUUGUAGCCUAACAAUUUUAAUUCUCCUCCUAGUUAAUAUGUAAAUUUAAUGUGAUCCUAAUAAAAAUACUGAAUUUUGGCCUGGUGCAGUGGAUCACACCUGUAAUCCCAGCACUUUGGGAGCCGAGGUGGAUGGAUCACUUGAGGUCAGGAGUUCGAGACCCGCCUGGCCAACCUGGUGAAACCCAAUCUCUACUAAAAAUACAAAAAAUUAGCCAGGUGUGGUGGAGUAUGCUUGUAAUCCCAGCUACUUGGGAGGCUGAGGUGGGAGAAUCUUUUGAACCUGGGAGGUGGAGGUUGCUGUGAGCCGAGAUCAUGCCACUGCACUCCAGGCUGGGUGACAGAGCAAGACUUCAUCUCAAAAAAAAAAAAAACAAAAAACUGAAGUUUUUGUUUAUUUUCCUGGAGCUAGACAAGUUGUCACAGGUUAGGUUCUCUGGGAAGCAUAUGCUGAGACAGUGAUAAGUGUACAAGAGCUUAGUUAGGGACUAUUCUUGGGACCAGCAGUUUGGGGAAGGCAGGGAAUCAGGAUUGGGCAAAGGGAGAUGUCAGGCUGUGAUGCAGCCUCAGUGGAAACCUCAGGUAAGCCUGUGGGGAAUUCUUAAGAUGGAAUAACCCUUCCGAGUUAGUCGUCCCCAUUUGGGGUGAGAGGUCUAGGCCUUUAUAUCUCUCCAUCAGUUGGUCAUUGGAUGAAGGCCACCAGAGGAAAUAAGGAUCCAAUCUUGGGUAUGGUGGUUCUUUCCACCCGAGGUUGUCUAACUGCAACAUUUCCACAACUGAGGUAAUUAUAACCCCUUUAUUCUUGAAGGGUGAUCUGAGUAGUAUGUUACAGUGUCUACCACAGUCCACUCCUUGCACUGUGUAUCUCUGUUGCUGAAUCAAAAAAUUAGCUUUAAAUUUAGCAGCUUAAAACAGCAGGGCUCGGCAUGGUGGCUCACACUCGUAAUCCCAGCACUUUGGGAGGCUGAGGCUAGUGGAUCGUUUGAGGUCAGGAGUUCAAGACCAGCCUGGCCAACAUGGUGAAACCCCAUCUCUACUAAAAAUACAAAAAAAAAUUAGUCAGGCAGUAAUGACAUGCAACUGUAAUCCUAGCUACUUGGGAGGCUGAGGCAGGAGAAUCACUUGAGCCUGGGAGGCAGAGGUUGUGGUGAACUGAGAUUGCACCACUGCACUCCAGCCUGGGCGACAGAGUGAGACCCUGUCUCAAAAAAACAAACAAAUAAAAAAAGACUGAAAAGAUGCCAUUUCAGGAAGACCUAAAGAGUGUGAGAAGGCAAGCAAUGUGGAUAUCUGGGGAAAGAGCAUUUUUGUAUGAGGUUAAUCUGAAGCGACCUUGUCCUUUCUGGGCAGAAGAUGGCCACUGUUCAAUAAAAGACUGUCAUGUGGAGCCCUGUCCAGAGAGUAAAAUUCCGGUUGGAAUAAAAGCUGGGCAUUCUAAUAAGUACUUGAAAAUGGCAAACAAUACCAAAGAAUUAGAAGAUUGUGAGCAAGCUAAUAAACUGGGAGCAAUUAACAGCACAUUAAGUAAUCAAAGCAAAGAAGCUUUCAUUGACUGGGCAAGAUAUGAUGAUUCACGGGAUCACUUUUGUGAACUUGAUGAUGAGAGAUCUCCAGCUGCUCAGUAUGUAGACCUAUUGCUGAACCCAGAGCGUUACACUGGCUAUAAAGGGACCUCUGCAUGGAGAGUGUGGAACAGCAUCUAUGAAGAGAACUGUUUCAAGCCUCGAUCUGUUUAUCGUCCUUUAAAUCCUCUGGCGCCUAGCCGAGGCGAAGAUGAUGGAGAAUCAUUCUACACAUGGCUAGAAGGUUUGUGUCUGGAGAAAAGAGUCUUCUAUAAGCUUAUAUCGGGACUUCAUGCUAGCAUCAAUUUACAUCUAUGCGCAAAAUAUCUUUUGGAAGAAACCUGGGGUAAGCCCAGUUGGGGACCUAAUAUUAAAGAAUUCAAACGCCGCUUUGACCCUGUGGAAACCAAGGGAGAAGGUCCAAGAAGGCUCAAGAAUCUUUACUUUUUAUACUUGAUUGAGCUUCGAGCUUUGUCAAAGGUGGCUCCAUAUUUUGAGCGCUCAAUUGUCGAUCUUUACACUGGAAAUGCAGAAGAAGAUGCUGACACAAAAACUCUUCUACUGAGUAUCUUUCAAGAUACAAAGUCUUUUCCCAUGCACUUUGAUGAGAAAUCCAUGUUUGCAGGUGACAAAAAAGGGGCCAAGUCACUAAAGGAGGAAUUCCGAUUACAUUUCAAGAAUAUCUCUCGCAUAAUGGACUGUGUUGGAUGUGACAAAUGCAGAUUAUGGGGAAAAUUACAGACUCAGGGUUUAGGAACUGCUCUGAAGAUAUUAUUCUCUGAAAAAGAAAUCCAAAAGCUUCCAGAGAAUAGUCCAUCUAAAGGCUUCCAACUCACCCGACAGGAAAUAGUUGCUCUUUUAAAUGCUUUUGGAAGGCUUUCUACAAGUAUAAGAGACUUACAGAAUUUUAAAGUCUUAUUACAACACAGUAGGUAAUAAAGGCUUUUAUGUGUCUAACUAGAGACAUAAAGUGACUGUGGAAAGCCUUUUAAUUAUGGACAUUCAGCAGAAAGAGACUAAUCUGACUUCAAGAAUUCUGAACUCUUAAAUAGAAAAUUUAAAUGCUCACUUGAAUAUUUAUGAUUCUUAAUAGAUUAUUAUCAACUAGAGAUAUUUAUAAAUGAAGUAUAUACUUUUAAAACAUGUAAGUUAUACUAAUUUUGUGUUUAAUUUAAUGUGUUUUCAUGUGCUGAAAAUUCUAGCUUUUUUUUUAGACUUGGUUAGGUUUUUAUUCUAUUAUCCUUUAUUUCUAGUUGUCAAACUUUAAAUGGCUGUGUCUGCAUUCUAAUAACACUGUUCACAGUCUAUUGGAAAAGGAGAACUAGGGAACAAAUGUUGCUUAGGGCUGGUGUCAGUGAUAAAAAUUUAUCAAUGCUUUUUAAUGUGUUUUUACCCUUGCCUCACUCUGUGUGUGUCACUUUCUAUAAUAUAAAGAAAUAUUAUAAUAUUUCUAGGAUCUGGAACUGUCACCAUGAUGAAUGGCCCUUUCAAUGCAUAGUUACAGAAAUUCCUUAAGAUUCCCCAGGACUUCAAUUUCAUUGGUUUUUAUUUGCAGUUUUUAGUUGCUGUUGUUGUUGCAGUUUCCAGUCUAAAGGACCUGCUUUGAUAAAGGUGAACGAGACCUCUCCCCUAUGCUACCCAGCCAGAUUUCAUGUGUGUGUAAUGGGCUGGCCCAAGAGUGUUCUUUUACUUAGAACUCCUUUUGAUUUUGCAUUUCUUUGCCCCUAGAAAUUUUAGGGACAAAGACAUUUUGGAAAUUGUCAGUUACUUUUAGAAAGAAAACACUGCAGAAAUAUUUAACAGAUUACUUCUUGAUAAAAUUUAAAUGGCAUUAUAUGAAUUUAUGCCAAUUGAAAAUAUUAUAUACACAAAAUGUGCUAUUUUCACUUAAAGUAAGCAUUUUUAAAGGAUUUAUUUUAGAAUACAAUCUAUGCAAUUCUCGGACUCAGUAUGCUUUUCCCUGACAGGAUAUAUAAAAAGGUAGAUUAGGUCAACCCUCCUUUAAGCUUCCUCUCCCCUCACCUUUUCUUUUCACUGUAUAUAAACGGUACUUUCUGUGAUUCAUACCAACAGAGGACUUUCUGUGAUUCAUACCAACAGUCCUAAACUGUCAUUUUCUAAAUCUGGGAUUUAAAAUCUUUAAACAAUAUUUAAAAUCUUGAUUUUUUUAAAUGUCAGCAGAUACAAUUUGGAAGAUUGCAUCUGUGUAAAAGUAAUGCAGGUACAAGAUCUAGAGUUUUUCCUUAGACUCUUUAGUCUUUUCUGAAUUAAAGAAUAAGUGCUCUUAAAUCCAUAUUUUAUCCUGUCAAAGUCUGAAAUGUGUUCAUUGAUGAUUUGGUGACAUCUAAAAAAUUGUAUUUAGUUGGCUUGGCUCACCCCUCUUAAAAAUACUUAGCCAUUUCUUGGUGGGAUGUGGUGAGGGUAUUAAGGUCUCAGAGUUAUUUAUUUUCUCACCUAAUUUCAAACCUUUGUAAACUUGGGGUUUUGUUGUUGAUGGUGGUGGUAUUUUUUGUUAAGUUGUUUAAAAGGCUGACUUGAUUGGAGCCUCCUCUACUUUUUCUUGAGGGUUGCAAGUAUUGUAUGGUGGGGGAGGGGGGCCUUAAGGCAAACUGUCUAAAAAGUGACUAUCCAAUUAAUUUAACUAGUAAAUUAGUAAGAAUUAUUCUUAGUAUUCAUUCAGAGUUUAAGAUGUGAAAAAUUUGCACUUUGUUUAUUACUCUAAAUGUGAAGAACUUUUUGAUAGUGUUAUUUCACCAUUCCCUCAGUUAAAGAUAAAGGCUAUUAUUUAAACUGUUUACUAGAGAAAAUCCUUGCUCAUGUCCAUUUAUUGUUUUUUUCUGUACUGUGAUUUGUUUCAAGCUUAGGAAAGCUAGUAUAUUAGAGUAUGUUCUAGGAAAUUAAAAGAUCUAGUUAGAGUAAAAAGUUCUUUUUAAGGUUCUUAACUAAUUUUUUCACAACUAAGAAAAUAAAUGAAGUAUUCUUAGGCUGAAAUUCAUCUUGAUUAACUUUAUCAUAAAUUAGAUUGUAGGGGCAGCCUACAUUUUUGUGUAUGUUUUUAUUUCUUAAAUGAUUGUGUGAGCCUGGUGACAUUUUAUGGUUCUGGUGAUAUAAACUGUUUUUCCAAUUCACAUCUUUUGUUGUGAAGUGAUAUUAUAUUAGAGUACUGUUUGCAUUGUUAAAAUGCUUUGCUGGUGCUCUGGCAUUUUGUCUUUAUCUCAUCACCUAAUUUAAAAACCCAGCACUUGAUAAUAUAACUGACAGAAAUGAUUGUACCCACUGAUGCAGUAAUGAAAAUGAAGAAAAGGAAAAUAUCCUUCCUUCAAUGGCAUAGGUUUAUUUUUUACUUAAGUGGCAUCUAUGUAAGUUAGACAAACUAUGUAUUAAAACUGGUAAACUUUGAAUGUUUCUCCUGUUUUGAUUCUUAGAUUAUGAGGAGGAUCAGACAGAAUAAGGCUCCACAGUUUUGAAAUUUGAUAAGUCAAAACGUUUUGAUAUUUUUAACAUUGUGAAUUAUUUGAUAUUUGUAAUCUCUGUAUGUAUAUGAAACUCUGCCAUGUUUUUCAACUUUGCCUAUGUGCCACUGUAUAUAAGAAAGGACAGGUAUUUUGAGCUUCAUAAGCAUUGCCUUCAGCUGAAAAUUUGGGAACAGUUCACAGUAAACCUCUCAGUGGUUUGCAAACUGAGGUACCUGCAGAAACCAUAGCUACUCACCAAAAUACACAGAUUAGGUGCAUGGUAUGCAAAUUAUUUGGUAAAAACACACACACACACACAAAUCUAUGUGUACUGUAUUUUAAGUAAUAUCUACAGAUGCAGCUUUGAUUCUGAACAGAAUUCCAAAUAAUUUACUGUUGUACCCACCAGAAUCUAGAAAAUGGGAAUUAAAGUACAUGUUUCUACAA